GGCAAGGGAUUUUAAAGCACUUUUCAUCAGCUAGAAUUUUCUCCAGUCUUUCUUCACAUCCUCCCCCACAAGAGUUAGCCCUGAUUUCUUUUUUGACAUAAAGGAGAGCUAUGCAAAUCAGGAUCUGUAUGUGGAAUUUGGCACAAGUAUUUUGUGACAGUGGCUGUGCAGUUAAGAAGUAGAAACCAAAUGCAUAUGCAGAAGACCUAAACCAACUGAAGCUCUUUGUAUUCCUCUUUUAAAAAAUAAAUCAAUAACCCUUAAUUAGAAAGGAGAUCUAUUCCAAUUUCUCUAUUUUCUCCCUUAUUAAAAAAUAAGAUGAAAAUAACCUAUCACUGAUGGCUUCAGGGUCAAUCUUGAAAAAUUAACAAUACUCAACUUCAUUUGUUCUUGCUAUCAGGCUUGACUCCUGAAUUACAGUUUUCUAAGAAAAAAUGAUUUUAAUCAUCUAAGGUAAGUUUGUUGCAGCAUUAGUAGCAGCAAAAUAAGGUUGUUGGCCAAAGUGAAUGUUAUUAGCCAGAGUUCUUCAAAAAGAAUCUUUUGAAGCAUAAGUUUUGCUAAGACUUCCUGAAACCUGCUCAUAAAAAUUGCUUUUAGGUAAUAAUAAGUUUAAAUACCAAAUACUUCCUAAAAAGUGUUAAUUAAAGCUUUAAUUUUCUUACUUUCUUGAUGGAACAAAUUGCUACCUAUAAGAGAACUUUUUUUUUUCCCCUGUUGUGAUUCAGAUGUCUAACCAACGUUCUUACUCACUGUGGAGGCAACCAGAUAUGAAGAUCUGUAGCCACUCAUCUGUCCCCCAGGCGGCUUAGUUGGAAUCCAACUAAGGAUUUGGGUUGGUCUCUCUACCUUAGUGCUCUAGAGAGAGAGCCACUCCCAAAGGGGUUGAUCCAUAUCAGCUUUACUCAGGUUCUCAAAAGUCCCUGAACUUGGGACAUCUAUGAUAUAAUCCAGGUGCCGUGACACUGCUGUUUUUCUCCAUUCUGGAAGUGGACUGCAUAGAACUGAUGUGCUGGGCCAUCGGACUGAGGUGAAGAGCUCCUAACCACUGCCAUAAUCAGAGCUUCUGAGUCUUCAUUUCAACAGGCUGGCCAACCACUAAGCUUUACCAAGAUCAUCAAUAAGUAAAGGUGAAGAAUGAAACCCCUAAACUUCAACAAAGAUGUAAAAUCUUGUUCAGUACCAUCAAAUAUAUCAGCUCAUCCCUGGGAGCAGGUAUGGAGAGCUGUCCAGACCCUGUCCCUGCUUCAGGUAGCUGCGUGAAAACGCCUGUGUCACAGCACGGAUCAUUUCCUCACUGCUCUCCAGAGAGUGAACACUCCACCCUGUUCCUUCCCAGCCUCAGUCGGGACUGAGUGGAGAAGCCUCUACCUCACACAGCAGGCCCUAACUGCCACAGUUCCUUCUGCAGAGAGCUAUAAAUUCUCUGCCUUUAGUCAUAAGCCUCUUUCUUUUAACUGGAACAAAUCAUUGGUCAACAUUUACCUCAGGUGAAGAGGAGACAGGCCUCUGCAAACUUCAGAAACAGCCCGGGUUUCAAAACCAAAGACAGUUGUGUAAGCAGUUUGGAAACAAGCAUGCUGGACUUUCUCCCUAGUGUAGCAGUUAGGAAACGCUUGUGGCUAGUUUGAGCGACCAGCUGACCAGCGAGCACAGUGAAGCAGUAGAAUAACAACAUCCAGAGGUGAUUUGAAGGAGAAACAGAAGCAUUUUGACUUCAUACCCUCUCUGAGCCUGGGUUUCCUGAAAUCGCCACACCUGCAGCAGAAGGAAAAUGGCAGAGUUGAAGUACAUUUCUGGAUUCGGUAAUGAGUGUGCCUCAGAGGAUCCUCGCUGCCCAGGUGCCCUGCCAGAAGGACAGAAUAAUCCUCAAGUUUGCCCUUACAAUCUGUAUGCUGAGCAGCUCUCAGGAUCAGCUUUCACUUGUCCACGGAGCAGCAAUAAAAGAAGCUGGCUAUAUAGGAUUCUACCUUCGGUUUCUCACAAGCCUUUUGAAUCCAUUGACCAAGGCCAUGUCACGCACAACUGGGAUGAAGUUGAUCCUGACCCUAACCAGCUGAGAUGGAAACCAUUUGAGAUUCCAAAAGCCUCUCAGAAGAAAGUGGACUUCGUGAGUGGCCUGCACACCUUGUGUGGAGCUGGAGAUAUCAGGUCUAACAAUGGGCUUGCUGUCCACAUUUUCCUGUGCAACACCUCCAUGGGGAACAGAUGCUUUUACAGUUCAGAUGGAGACUUCUUGAUUGUUCCCCAGAAAGGGAAACUUCUCAUUUACACCGAGUUUGGCAAGAUGCUUGUUCAGCCCAACGAGAUAUGCGUCAUUCAGAGAGGAAUGCGGUUCAGCAUAGAUGUCUUCGAGGAGACCAGGGGCUACAUCCUGGAGGUCUACGGCGUCCACUUUGAGUUGCCUGACCUGGGACCGAUUGGAGCCAAUGGCUUGGCCAAUCCUCGUGAUUUCUUGAUACCUGUUGCCUGGUACGAAGAUCACCAAGCGCCAGGUGGUUACACUGUGAUUAAUAAAUACCAGGGCAAGAUGUUUGCUGCCAAACAGGAUGUCUCCCCGUUCAAUGUUGUGGCCUGGCAUGGGAAUUAUACGCCCUACAAGUACAACUUGGAGAACUUCAUGGUCAUCAACUCAGUGGCCUUUGACCACGCAGACCCAUCCAUUUUCACGGUAUUGACUGCCAAGUCUGUCCGCCCCGGAGUGGCCAUCGUUGAUUUUGUCAUCUUCCCACCGCGAUGGGGAGUUGCUGAUAAGACCUUCAGGCCUCCUUAUUACCACAGGAACUGCAUGAGUGAAUUCAUGGGACUCAUCAAAGGUCACUAUGAGGCAAAGCAAGGUGGGUUCCUGCCAGGGGGAGGCAGCCUGCACAGCCCAAUGACGCCCCAUGGGCCUGAUGCCGGCUGCUUUGAGAAAGCCAGUAAAGCCAAGCUGGCGCCUGAGAGGAUUGCUGAUGGCACCAUGGCAUUUAUGUUUGAGUCUUCUCUAAGUAUGGCCGUCACCAAGUGGGGGCUGAAGACCUCUAACUGUUUGGAUGAGAACUACUACAAGUGCUGGGAACCUCUCAAGAGCCACUUCACCCCCAAUUCCAGAAACCCUGCAGGAACUAAUUGAGACUGGAGCAUUGCUACCAUAAUUGAGGAUGGAUUUGUGUGAUUUCCUUUAGAAUCUCAUGCUCUUUGGCAGUACUGGGGGAGGAGGUUGGUUAAAAUGAGAACUUUUUCACAGUCAAGGAACUCAAACAUUUAUAGAGAUGUAUUUGGAAAGUGCUUUCAGCUUAAUUACUCAAUAAAUACUUGCUGGUGUUCUGUG